AUGGCGGCGCAGGUCAUCUCCAACUCUGGCCACGAUGAUAUGAUUCACGAUGCCGUCCUCGACUACUAUGGCCGGAAGCUGGCGACAUGCUCCAGCGACCGGACGAUCAAGAUCUUUGAGAUUGAGGGCGAGACACAACGCUUGGUCGAGACUCUGAAGGGUCACGAAGGCGCUGUAUGGUGCGUCGCCUGGGCGCAUCCCAAGUACGGCAACAUCCUCGCGUCGGCCGGCUACGACGGAAAAGUCUUCAUCUGGAAGGAACAGGGCGCCCAGAACAGCCAGUGGCAGCGAAUCUACGACUUCCCCCUGCACAAGGCCUCGGUCAACAUCGUCUCGUGGUCUCCCCACGAGGCGGGCUGCCUCCUCGCUUGCGCAUCCUCCGACGGCAACGUCAGCGUCCUCGAGUUCAAGGACAACAGCGUCGACCACGUCACAUUCCCCGCCCACGGCCUCGGCGUCAACUCCGUCUCCUGGGCGCCGGCCACCACGCCCGGCAGCAUCGUCAGCAGCACCCCGGGCCCCGGCGCCACUGGCAACCGGCGCUUCGUCACGGGAGGUUCCGACAACCUCAUCAAGAUCUGGGCCUUUGACCCUGCUUCGCAAUCAUACAAGCAAGAGGGCGAGGCUCUGACGGGUCACAGUGAUUGGGUCCGCGAUGUGGCCUGGUCUCCCACCGUGCUGCAAAAGUCGUACAUUGCAUCAGCCUCCCAGGACAAGACGGUCCGUAUCUGGACGUCGGACCAGUCCAGCGGCGGCCAGUGGGCAAGCAAGGUGCUCAACUUUGAGGCCCCGGUUUGGCGCGUCAGCUGGUCCCUGAGCGGCAACGUUCUUGCUGUUAGCUGUGCAGACAACAAGGUCUCCCUGUGGCAGGAGAAUCUGCGCGGCGAGUGGGAGUGCGUCAAGUCGAUCGAGGAGUAA